AUGCUGGGAAAGUUUAUCGCCUCCUCAAAAGACAGAUCUGAAAGUCCCGAUCCUUUUGUUCCUGUUCAAGAAUCCACUCAAUCAGAAUCUUGCGUCGAUGGCGUAAAUGCACAGAAGUCAAUUAAUCUGGAAAAAGUGGCUCAUUUAAAUCGUCUUGUGUAUAAUCAACCGAAAAAUGUCAGAGCUUGGUUGGAGCUGAUAGAUCUUCAACUCAAAGACACAGAAUUUUCCGGCUAUGCCACUAGCAACAUUGCACAAAAGGAGGAAUUCUGCUCACCGCGGCGCUAUGUUCUUCUGGAAAAGCAGAUCGCCACAACCGAACGGGCUUUGAGUGUAAAUUCAGGAAAUGUUCGUCUUCGCCUUCUCUUGGCCGGAUUACGGGAAUUUAAAACAGAACUCAUCGCAAGAGGCGUCCGCUCAUCUUCAAUUACCGAGUCCUCCACCAUCUCACAAAAAAGUACUGUUGCGCGCGAGUGGUCAGAGUUUGUCUUUACCUGCCCGCAAAUUAUUUCCGUUUGGCGUGGAUACAUUGCUCACCUCCGCGGACGCUUUUCCUCAUCAGCGAACGCGGGCAGCGUUUUCAACCGCAUAGAUUCAAUCUACCAGCGUGCUUUGACGACUUUAUCUGGAAUUUUGUCUGGAAGGAUUCUGUCACAUAAGCCAACAGAAAAUAUGGCAGACUUGACAGUAGAGCUCUUUGCCGAGUACUGUUGGUGGUUGAGUCAAACAGGCUUCACAGAACGCGCCAUCUCGCUGUGGCAGGCGGCAAUAGAGUUUUCAUGCUUCUGCCCACCGCGUCUAAAGUCUACAACCUAUGUCACUUUUGAACAACGGCAUGCUGAAUUUGAAAGGUUUUGGACCAGCGACGUCCCUCGGUUUGCUCAUCCGCUAGCUCGUGGGUGGGCCGCUUGGUUUUCGACCGGCGGUGUAACUGAGCCCCGAGACUGCGGAACCCAACAACAGCCGUCCUCUAAUCUGGCGAUGGACCUAGAUGAAGACUGGAGUCCCUCUUCAGCUACAGCAGCCGCUCGGUGGCAACAGAUUACCGCUGCCUGGAACCGUAAGUUCUGCAUUCUUGACUUGCCUAUUGCUACAAGGACUUUUCAGCUCACCCGUUUCACUUUUUGCUCCCUUCCUCCACUUUCGCGGUUGCCCGUUCUGACAGAACUGCCUUCAGAGGUCCUUUUGCUUUUGAUUUAUAACAGUAACCUACUUUUAAAUUUUCCUUAA